UCAAUAUAUCCAAAAUAUGUGAAAUUUUCUACCAUUUCUACGUUUAAAGACCAUUCUAAAAGUUUCUAUUUAGUUGAAACACACAAGUGUUAGACUAUCUUCCAUUUGAAUGUUGGCUUCAUUGAAUUUUUCAAAGAUAAAAUGAAUUUGGCUAACCGCAAUGAAUUUGUAACGCUUGAGCGAUUGUUUGAUGCGGAAAUGCAAGUGAAUUGAGUGAAAUUGUGUUAAAGUAUUACAAUGGAUCUGUCGCCAGACGAGGAACACUUCCAAGGCCGGCUCCUGCAUCAGGCGGCGUUAUGGGACAACCUGGAGCUACUGGAGGAGCUGCUGGCGGGCGGCGCGGAGGUGAACGCGCGUGACGCCCACAUGCGCAGCGCGCUGCACGCGGCCGCGCUCGCGGAGCGGAGCCGCUGCCUGCCCGCGCUGUGUGCGGCCGGUGCUGACGUCGACGCUCGCUCCGACCACGAGACGGGGGGCAUGACAGCGCUCCACACGGCCGCCGAGCGCGGACACGUCGAAAACGUCAAAGCGCUGCUGAGCGCUGGCGCUGAUCUCAGCGCGGUGACGGCCAGCGGGGACACAGCGCUCGCACUCGCCGAACGGGGGAGACAUCGACACGCCGCGUUGGCGCUGAGAGAGGCGAAGGAUGCAUUGGAAAGGGAGCGCGUGUCGCAGCACGCUCAGCUGCGUGAGCUGGUGGUGCAUGGGGAUGCGACGGCGCUCCAGACCAGACUGACGGAACUUGGAUCAGCCGCGGGCAUUGUGGCCAACCUCACUCCCGGGGGCGCGAAUACGCUCUUAUAUGUCGCUUCCGAGCUGGGAGCGACCGCGGCCGCUGCGGCGCUGGUGGAGGCCGGCGCCGACGGCCGCGCGCACCCCGUCACACGCUACGGACCUCUCUACAUCGCCUGUUACCAUGGACAUCUGGACAUCGCGCAGCUGUUGCUCCAUCACUUCCCAGAAGCGAUACAGCAAGAGACCGUGGAGAAGUGGCUGCCGCUCCACGCAGCCUGUAUCGGCGGUCACCCCUCGCUCGUCACGCUGCUGCUGGAGUAUCCCUAUCCCGAGCACUUGCUCAACACAUAUACAGACGCGAGCGGCAAGUGGCAGUACCGGUUCGCGUUCGACGUGAACGCGCGCGACGCGAGCGGCCAGACGGCGCUGUACGUGGCGUGCACGCUCGGCAACGCCGCCGUCGUCGACGCGCUGCUGGCGCACACCGUGCCCGUGCACCAGCCUCAAACGACGAGCGCAGAACCGGUCCCGAUCCCGGUCCCGGUCCCGGUGCAGGCGCCGGCGGUGCAGAGUCCGCAACGAGCGGGCAUCUCGCUCGGGAUACACGCCAUCGUCAGCAAGCUCACCGGCGCCGCGAACAAGGCGAGCGCGGCGCCGGGAGGGGGCGCGGGCGCGGGGGCGGGGCCGGACGCGCAGCGCGUGCGCGCCGUGCGCGUGGAGGCGGCGCGCGGCGCCGACAGCUGCGUGGCGUGCGCGGCGCGCCUCAACCACGCGCGCGUGCUGCGCCGCCUGCUGGCCGCCGGCGCGCGCCCCGACGCCGCCGCCGCGCCGCCGCCGCCGGAGUCGGAGGGUCGCGAGGCGCGGCGGCGCUCGCGCAGCGCGUCCGUCACGCGCUCGCGCGCCUCCCCCUCGCCCUCGCCCUCCCCCGCCCGCUCCGCCUACAGCGACGACCGAGACGGCCCGUGGACCGCCCUGGCGGUAGCGGCGCGAGCGAAGCACGUGCAGGUGGUGGAGAUGCUGCUGGCGGCCGGCGCCACCGACCCCGGCGGCAGGGCGCUGCGCGAGUGCGCCCGCCACGGCCUGUCGGAGCUGCUGGCCGCGCUGCUCGCCACCAAGGCCUACCCCGACCCCGACUACAAGCUGGACAAGUCGCGCGUGUCGCAGAGCGUGCUGAGCGCGCGGGACGCGGACCCCGCGCUGUCGUACAGCGCGCGCUGCCCCACCACGCCCGUCAUGGUCAACUGGCGGGAGCUGCGCUGCCAGCUGGCGCGCCUGCGCAUGAGCUGGCUGGCGAGCGCCGCGCUGCGCGUCAACCCGCGCCUGGGCGCCGCCGGCAGCGCCGCGCUGGCCGUCACCCGCCUCGAGCUGGCCAACAACGAGCUGCGCCUGCUGCCCCGCGAGCUGUUCUCGCUGCUCAGUCUGAGAUAUCUCAACGUGGCGCAGAACAAGCUGGAACGUCUGCCGACGGCGGAGGACCCGUUCGAGGACGAGGUGGAGGGCCGGCGGCGCGGGAAGAAGCAGCCGAAGCGCAGCAGCGACGUGUACACCGCGCCCGUGCUGCAGGAGCUGUACUUGCAGGACAAUCGUCUGGAAGAACUUCCGCCGGAACUCUUUUCCCUCCCCUCGCUAACAAGCCUGGACGUUUCCAACAACAAGCUACGCGCGUUACCACCACAGAUGUGGCAAGCCCCAGCGCUGAGAGACCUCAAUGCCGCCCUCAACCACCUCAAAGACCUGCCCACAGGAGAUGAGGGCGUACCGGAGGCGCAGCAGCAAGCCUCCCCCUCGGAGUCCUCGUCGCCCAGCGCCUCCCCCUCCGUCCACUCCGCACCGUUCGCUUUCGACCAAUCAAAUUCAUCUUCCCGAAGUCCAUCUCUGGACGUGAGCGAGUCCUCUCCCGACGAAGACGACAUCCCCGUGCUCGGUAACCGCGCCGGAAAUGCCGUAUGGUCGGAGGCGCGGCGCGCGCACGCGUGGCGCGGGGCUCGGGCGGCGUCCCCCGCCCGCAGUGCGGAGCCCCCCUCCGAGGGCAGCUGCCUCACGUCCCUCAACUUGGCUCACAACCAGUUCUCGUGUGUGCCGGCCUCCCUCGCAUGUCGAGCGCCGGCGCUGACGAGGCUCAACAUGGCCUACAAUAAUCUCAGAUCCAUGUCGUACGUGACGUCGUACCCGACCAGCCUGCGCCAGCUGGACCUGAGCCACAACGAGAUCACGUGCUGGCCGAGCCUGCCUCAGGUGGAGAGCUUCGGCUCGGGCGGCGCGGACCCGCUGCGCUGCUACUGCGCGCGCCGCGCCGCCCGCGCGCGCCCGCGCUCGUCGGGCUCCGUGCGCGCGCAGCUGCUCAGCGCCGCCUGCGCCGCGCGCCGCCACCUGCGCCUCGAGGGGCUGCGCACGCUGAUUUUAGCCAACAACAUGCUAACACGUAUCCAGCUGACGACGGACGACGACGGACUCGUGCCGGCGGCGGAACCCAGCAGUGACGAAAACGACGACGAAUGGAGCAGUCGCGGCUCCCUGAAGGCGCGGCUGCUGUUCCCGCUGCUGUCGAUGCUGGACGUGUCGAGCAACCUGCUGCGCGCCGUGCCGCCCGCGCUGCACCUGCUGACCAACCUCGCCGUGCUCAACCUCAGCGGGAAUAAAGACAUCACCGACUUGCCGCCCCAGAUGGGCCUGCUGACCCGCCUUUGGAACCUGAACACGGUGGGCUGCUCGCUGCAGGAGCCGCUGCGCUCCGUCGUGCGCGGCGGACGGUGUCGCAGUGUGGACGUGGUGGGCUACCUGCGCUCCGUGCUGCAGGAGGCCAAGCCCUACGCGCGCAUGAAGCUUAUGGUGGUCGGAGUGCAGGGGAUCGGCAAAACUAGUCUGCUGGAGUGCUUGAGGCAGGAGUCCGCCAUUCAUCACCGGAGAAAACCGACGGAACACUGGGCGAAGCGCAUGGGCAACAAGUCAUCCCGUCGCGGCAUGUCGACCGUGGGCGUGGACAUCGGCGCGUGGGUGUACGAAUCGCAGCGCUCGCAGCGCGGCCCGCUCACCUUCCGCACCUGGGACUUCGGGGGGCAGCAGGAGUAUUACGCAACCCACCAGUACUUCCUAUCGAAGCGCUCCCUCUACCUGGUCGUAUGGAAGGUCACCGACGGGAGGAAAGGACUCGCAAGCGCCUUGCAAUGGCUGAGGUCGAUCCAGGCGCGCGCGCCGGGCUCGCCCGUCAUCAUGGUGGGCACGCACUACGACCAGGUCAACAAUAGCAAGAUGAGCGAGAGCGAGAGUCCGAUGGCGCUGCAGCGCCUCAUCCGCGGGGCGGUCAUGGCGGCGCCCGACGCCGACAAGCUGGGCCUGCCGCGCGUGCUCGACUCCGUCGAGGUGUCGUGCAGCACGCGCCACAAUAUCAAACUCCUCGCUGACAUCAUCUACUCCGUGGCCUUCAGCGUCAAACCUCCCGGCAGCAAGGAGCCGCUGCUGGAGCAGCGCGUGCCGGCCACGUACCUCGCGCUGGAGGAGUGCGUGCACGCGCUGGCUGCCGACCUCAAGGAGCCCGUGCUGCGCCACGAGCAGUACAAGCGCCUGGUGACUCAGUACAUGCAGCAGAAGAACCUCCGAAUGUUCCGCGACGCGGCCGAGCUGCACCAGGCGACCAUGUUCCUCCAUGAAAACGGCGUGCUGCUGCACUACGACGACGCCACGCUCAAGGAGCUGUACUUCGUGCGGCCGCAGUGGCUGUGCGACGUGCUGGCGCACGUGGUGACCGUGCGGGAGGUCAACCCCUUCGCCAGCAACGGCAUCAUGCGCGUCGAGGACCUGUGCCACGUGUUCAAGGCGUCGCCGGCGCUGGGGGCGGGCGAGGAGGCGCGCUCGCUGGGCGCCUCGCUGCUCAACAAGUUCGAGCUGGCGCUCUGCUGGGACGCGCGCUCGCUGCUCGUGCCGCCGCUGCUGCCCGAGCGGGAGCCGCGCUGCCCGCAGCUGGCGCUCAAGUCGCGCGCCUGGCCCGGCACGCCGCGCCGCGCCGCGCCCCCCGCCGCCCUCUCCGCGCCCCGCGGGACCGACUCGCCGCUGCUCAUACAGGACGGCGGCGGCGUGGCGGUGUCGGCGCGCGCGGGGGGGCGCGGCGUGCGGCGCCUGCUGCUGCUGUCCUACGUGCCGCGCGGCUUCUGGGCGCGCCUGUGUGCGCGCGUGCUGGCCGACCCCGCGCUGGCGCAGCACGCCCCCGCGCUGUACUGCGCGCCCCGCGAGAUGGAUAUCGACGAGAGCGUGGCGAAGGCUCUCGAUUUCAACUGGUCGUGGAAGCUCUGGAAGACCGGCCUCAAGCUGGUGUGCGGGGAGCUGGUGCUGCUGGCGCUGCGCGAGCUGCCGCCGCGGUACGACCCCCUCCUGGGGGCCGUCGGGGACGAGGACGAGCCCGACGAGCUCUACCACUCGAUCAGGUUCCGCGUGCGCGCGGAGGGCACGUGGAGCGAGCUGGACGUGCAGUCCUCGGCGUGCGUGGAGCUGCUGCUGCCCGCGCAGGUUUGCGUGGUGCGACGGGACGACGGCCUGCCGCUCGCCGGCUGUCAGAGUCUCAGUCUGGAACCGAACCCCGAAGUGUUGACGAAGGUGCUAGCUUUGGUGUCCGACCAUGUGGACUUGUUGCUCGAAGAUUGGUACCCAUCCCUUGGUACCCGCUUUGUGCACACGUCGGAGGGGCGCUGCCUGAUCACCCGCGUGGCGCCCUGCCCCGCGUGCCUCACCGACGCACAGAACGAGGCGCACGACUCGCACCACGCGCACCAACACGAGCACGACAAACACUUCGCACAGGUUUUCAAAAGGUUAGAGCUCGGUAGCGUCGAGCCGCGGCGUCUGCGGCUCUCCGAAGAGUCGCGAGCGUCGGAUGGCGACAGUGGAGUAGGAGCAGAGUCCAACACGUCGUCUCGCAUGGGCUCGUCCGAGGGCGUCUGCAGCAGUCCGGCGCUCGUGGCCACGUGCUGGACGCUGGAGGAGUGCGUGCUGGCCGCCUGCACGUCCGCCCCCCUGCGCUGUCCGCAUCACCCCGACGUGCAGCUGGCCGACGUGGCACCCGACACGCUCCUUCUGGACGUGGAGGAGGAAAAACGUGCCCGCUGGGAGCACAUCACUCGCACGGCCGUCGCCGGUCGCGGAGCCUUCGGUACCGUCCUCACUGGGACGUGGCGGCGUCCCGGGGCGAAGCCCUGCCCCGUCGCAGUGAAGGCGCUCCAGCCCGUGGCCCCGCCCUCCGCUCACGACUUGGCGGCUAUGCAGGCGUAUAAGGCGGCCGUGUCCCGCUGGGAGCGCGACGCGCAGGGCGGCGCGUGCCGCGCGUACUGCGGGCUGCGCCAGGAGCUGGGCAUCCUGUCGCGCCUGCGCCACCCGCACGUGCUGCCGCUGCUGGCCGCGUGCGCCGCGCCGCUGGCGCUGCUGCUGGCCGAGGCGCCGCGGGGCUCGCUGGAGGGCGCGCUGCGGCGCUACCGCGGCUGCGGCGCGCGCGUGGGCGUGCGGGCGGCCGGCGCGCUGGCGCUGCAGGUGGCGCGCGCGCUGGAGUACCUGCACGCGCAGCGGGUGCUCUACCGCGACCUCAAGUCGGAGAACGUGCUGGUGUGGUCGCUGCCGUCGCCGCAGGAGGCCGAGGAGGCGGAGUUCGGGCCCGACCCCAUCGACGUGCACGUCAAGCUGGGAGACUACGGUAUAUCCCGUCUCGCCCCACCGUCUGGGACUAAGGGCUUCGGCGGUACGGAGGGCUUCAUGGCGCCCGAGAUCAUGAGGUACAACGGAGAGGAGGAAUAUACCGAGAAGGUCGACUGCUUCUCGUACGGGAUGCUGCUCUACGAGAUCUUCACGCUGCGACAGCCGUUCGAGGGCCACGAGGCGGUCAAGGAGGCCGUGCUCGAAGGAGCCCGGCCGCCGCUGUCGCCCAGGGACCUGGAGUACCCGUGCAGCAUGCUGGAGACCAUGCGGCGCUGCUGGAGCGGCGCGCCCGAGCUGCGGCCGUCGGCGGCGGCGCUCACGGCCGUGUGCGCGGCGCCCGAGUGGCGCGCGCUGCAGGACGCCGCCGCCGCCAGGCCCGCGCGCGCCGCCGCCGCCGCCGCGCUGCGCCUGCCCGGCGCGCCCGCCGCCGCCGCCGCCGACGUGUGGUACGCCGGCGCCGAGCCCGAGCGCGCGCACUCGCUCACCGCCACCGCCGCCGCCUUCGCGCACCACCACACGCUGCGCGUGCCGCCCGACAAUGCGGAGCCGGUGCUGGUGACGGCCAUGUGUCGCGUGGGCGCCGACAUGUGGCUCGGAGACUCCGUCGGCAGAAUAUUCGUCUACACCAUAUCGACGUGCGCGCUGUCGUGGAGCGUCCGCCUGCAGGACGUGGUGGGCGGAGCGCCCAGUGCCGUCGCGGACUUGCAGCUGCUCGCACCGCUACCUAAGGUCGCCGUCGCGCUCGCGUGUGGCAGACUGUUUCUGGUGACGUCGGAGCGGCCGGAGGAAGAGGGCAGCUUCGUGCUGACAGAGCUCGGCGCGGCCACCGAGCUGAGCUGCCUGGCCGCGGUGCCGGCCGAGGACGGCGUGGAGGUGUGGGCGGGGGGCCCCGAGCUGCACGCGUACGCCGUGCGCGCGGAGGGCGUGAGCGCGGCCGAGCAGCUGCGCGCGCCGGCGCGCCUGGCGCUGCUCUGCGCCGCGCCGCUCGCGCGCACCGUGCUCGCCGCCGCGCGCGCCGACGUGUUCGUGUACGCGUGGUGCGCGCGCACGCGGAGCCCCACGGCGCGCCUCGACUGCAGCAAGCUGGUGCCCUGCUCCGAGAGCCUGCAGUCCAUCGCCAUCGACGAGCACCUCGGAGCGGAGCGCUGCAUGGUGACGGCGCUGGCGGCGCUGGGCGAGCAGGCGCUGGUGGGCACGGCGUGGGGCUGCGUGGUGGUCGCGCACGCCGCCUCGCUGCGGCCGCUCACCGUGUUCCGCCCCUACGAGGAGGAGGUGCGCGCGAUCGUCCCGCUGCCGCCGUGCGGCGACCGCCGGCAGACGCAGCUCGUCACCUUCGGCGCCGGGUACCGCCCGCUGCUGCAGAGAUACGCACCAGCGCAGUCGAACAACACGACGACUUACUCCGGCUUCUACUGCUUGCUCUGGAACGCACAGCACUGGCUGCCGGACUAGCCGCCUCGCGCGUCGCGGGUCGGCUCGCGCAGGGCUGCGAAGUCUGGGACGAUGUCACGAAUGCGGAUGUUUGGAGCGUCGUUUUUUCGAAUUUAUUAUAUUUGUAAUAAAAAACGGCCAAAACAUAUAUAUAUUUGCUUUCAGGUAAGGUCUAAAACGUGUGAACGUUUUGCGGUUUGCGUUUUAUAGAAGGUUGCCAUCUGUAAUGGCGGAUGAAUGGCGCAGGAAUACAUUUUGUACGUUCCAAUGGCAGGAGGAGUAAGAA